GUGUUGGUAGUAAAUCUUUAUAAUUAUGUAUUGGACAAAGCAAUUCCUGUCCAGUCAUGUGAAUACAAACUCCAGGUAAUAUUUUCUUUGUGUUUUCAAAAAUGUUUAAAGAGAAUAGGAUCAUGGUUCAAGUAAUCAAAACUGAUCAAAAGCACUUUGAAUCUGUGCUUACCUGGGUUAUGUUGGUUGUGUUGACUUGACAGAAAUACGAUCUAUGAGUAACCAACAUAAUGAUGCUUAGUUAGGUCAGAGCUGUAACUGCACUCAUGUAUUCUAGGAAUGAUUACAUCUUAUUGUAUAUGGUUUAUUUUUUUCCUCAAUUGUUAGUACAGUUGUUAACUGUAUUGUACAUGCACUACAAUGUUGUUCAGAGGAAAGUAAAUAUUGACUUUGAAAGACAAAUUUGUAUCUUAUUACUCAGCAGCUUUAUUCAGCACUUUUUGAUAUUGUUUAUUGACACAACAAUUAUUAGUGCUAAGUAGAAGCUUGAUUGUGUGGUCAAUAAUAGUAGGUGUUGUGUCCUCAAGGAAUCAUCAUGAAUAAAUCGGAAAUAAAUAUUCAGUAUGUCAGCCAGCUGGUUGAGAAUUGAACUGUGGUGAUGUAAUGCACUUUAAAUAAUUGAUGUGUUUAGAAAAGUAAAAGAGGCUGCACUUUGGAAGAGAAGAAAAAUCAAUGAUAGUCAGAGGGCACUAAUGAGAAAGAAGAACGUGAAGACGUAGAGAAAGAGGAAGAGACAGAGGAGGUGAGAGAAUUUGAAGAGACAGGCAGUUAGGCAGAUGGAUGGGAACCCCUCCCAUGCCUGUUUCCUUUCUGCUCAGUCUUGUGAUAAGCAGUUGAAGAGGAAGUCAAGUAUUAUUUCAACCAGAUGUGUGAGAGAAGAUGAUCAUUUCUAUUUGCUUAGGAAGAAUCUGUAAAGUUCCAGUGUCUGUGUGGUGAAGAUGCUGUAGAUAAACCACAAACAGCCUCCACCAGUGACUUCACAGCCACCUGACAGACCAAAAAUAAAGCUGGUGUUGUUUCCCAUUUAUAAUAUUUUUACUCUUGUCAUAAUACAUAAGAAAUCUUUGUAACAGUGUUUUGCACUGUUGUUGUGUUGUACAGCGGUGUGCAGUGUCUUUUGCCUUGUGCUCACUCAUGCUAUCUCCCAUGAGGUUUAUACAGUCCACACAGACGGACUGCAUAGAUUUGUUUUUUUAACAGAGUGACACACAAUGCAGUCCUCCUUUUCAUGCGGGGACUUUUUGUGUACCUGUCACUUGAGUUCAGUUGUGCGUUAGAGUAAAGCAUGUGUACUUGCACUGCUGCUACUGCUGUAGGUAGAAUUAAUUUUGUGGAAUACACUGAUUUUGUACCACACCCAAUGUAUAUAUAUAUAUUUAUAUAGAUUUGUGUGUAUAUCUGGCUAGUAUUUUUGUUUGCUUGUUUAACUCCCAAGUUGCUGCCAGGGUCAUGCCUGGCUCUGGCAUGAUACUGCAGUAGCUUUACCUCAAGAGUUAGUGAUACACCAUUGGAAAGGGAAACUAAUACUGUAUGAAUGCCCAAACUUGAGGAAGGAAGCUGGACUAGACUACAGACAGCCGUUUGUGAAGCUUGUAUGCUACUUGGAUCUCCAUCACUUAUUAGUUCAUGAAAGUAACUUCAAGACCUGUGUUUGUGCCGCUGACAGUUAAGUUGCUUUGUUGGAUAUGUGGAUGCUGCUAACAGGAUCUUUCUGCCAGUUUUGGGAAACUAUCUAGUUGUGAUAUUUACAGCUCAGGGGAAGACCCAGUCAUGGAGGGUCUUGAGCAGCUUGACAUAGUGGGCGAUAUCAGCCCAGCCUUGGAGGCCACUGAGGACUUUAUCCACUGCAUGGAUGGGAUACAAGGCCAAAGUACAAGCCAGGCUCAUGCAAGGAACAAACAGCCUUCCAGACAGCCCAAGCAGCUGCAGGAAGUGUCCACUACUGCAUUAGGGAAGUUGAGCUCUAGUGGCGUGUGGAGCCUUCUGGCUGGGGAGCAGAAGGAAGUGGGGCCUUUAGGUCUGGCAUGGGCCGACAACUUCAGCGUGUUGGGGCUCGGGAUAAGCUUGAGGCAUGGCAAGAGAAGCCGAGCCCGCUCCACCAAUGACCUGGCAGCCCACACAAAGGAGUGCACCAACAGCACCGCCAACUCCUCAUCCAAGUCAGCUUUCAAGAAAGGACACAACCGGUCCAGAUCUGACAUCAACUACCGCCCAUCUGCCUUCACGGACAAUGGACUGCCCACAGUAGACGGCAGCACCCUGAAGAACGUGACGUUCAACCACCAGCGAGAGGCUGAUAAAAACAGCAGUAGCAGUGUGGUGAAGCAGGGUGAAAUGGAGCAGCGUGAGGGGCCCCGGGGCCGCUGGACACCCUGUCACGUAGAACUGACGCCAUGUGAGCUCCGGCUGUACAUUCUAGACAGCAGUGCCAACCGCCAGCUGGGCACUGCCUACUCCCUGUCACACUGCCAGAGCGUCAUCUUACCAGCACCCUGUGGCCAGCGUGGCCAGAUCAGCCAGCCUGCUGAUCAGUGCACGCUGGAGGCUUUGUUCUUCAACAGCACACGUCUCCAGCUGAGGGCAGCCAGCCAAUGGGAGGCCAUGGAGUGGAGGCAGCUGAUGUGGGAGAAAGUGCAGGUAGCCAGACCUGUGAGGCAGAAGAACCGCCAGAAUAAGACCACGGUGGAAAACCAACAGGUUGUCAUGUUUCCUGCACUUACGUCACCCUCCUCUUCCCCCUCACCAUCAGGGCUUGACACCAGGCCUGAUGGUGAGAGUGAUACUCCCACCUCUGCAGAGGCCUCAGUCUCACUUCAUUCUAAUUCUGGCAUCUUGAGCAGACCCACUACCCUUCCAUUGUUCACUCAGCGCUGCCAGGAUAUCCUCAAAGCUGGUUUGCUCCACCAGCUGAUGGACCAGAACAACUGGCGGACCUUUAAUUUUGUCCUGACCAGAUCCUCUCUUCAAGCCUUCCCUCCCGAGGGCCAUGGGUCUGUGUCCCAGGCUGUCCUUCAGUACUCUCUGGCAUCCUGCUUGGCCGUGCGGCAUGGUCAAGAACAAGAGAAUGGAGAGCUUUGGAUGGAGAAAAGGGAACAUUUCCAGGUAGUUUUCCCUAAAGAGGUGCUUCGACUUCGAGCAGACUAUUACCUUAAGGCCCAGGAAUGGGUGGAGGCCCUGCAUGAGGCAGUGGGAGCACAGAGGCCUGCUCAAGAAGAAGGGUUAGAAACUGGAGAAGCAACUCCAGGCUCCCAAGGCGUGCUGUUAAGAUCAAAACCAUCUCGUGAGAGGAGGCAGCGGGAGGCCCAGAGAGCCAAGAGGCAGUCAGUCACCACCAGUUUCCUCAGUAUCCUUACCUGUCUGGCUGUGGAGAAGGGACUCACUGCUCAGAGCUUCAGAUGUGCAGCUUGCCAGCGUCCAGUCGGUCUGUCCAGAGAAAAGGCAAAGGUUUGCUACUACAGCGGCUGGUACUACUGUCAGAGCUGCCACCAGGACAACUCCUUUCUCAUCCCAGCACGUCUGCUGCACAACUGGGACACCAGCAAGCACAAGGUUUCCAAACAGGCCAAAGAAUUUCUGGAGUUUGUGUAUGAGGAGCCACUGCUCGACGUCCAGCAGCUCAACCCUUGUCUGUAUGAGCACUGUGAGCCUCUCAGCACCGUGCUACGUCUCCGUCAGCAGCUACAGUCACUGCGUGCCUACCUGUUCAGCUGCCGGGCAACUGUUGCUGAGGACCUCAGACGAAGGAUUUUCCCCAGAGAAUAUCUGCUACAACAUAUUCACCUUUACUCCAUAGCGGAUCUGCAGCAGGUGAUUGAUGGAAAACUGGCUCCCUUCCUGUCCAAGGUGAUCAAGUUUGCCAGCUCCCAUGUGUUCAGCUGCAGUUUGUGUCGAGAGAAAGGUUUCAUCUGCGAGCUCUGCCACGACAGACAGGUCAUCUACCCCUUCCAGGAGAAUGCUACAAAAAGGUGUGACGGCUGCGGCGCCGUUUUCCACACCGAGUGUCGCCAGAAAGCUCAGCCGUGUCCUCGAUGCGUGCGCCGGGAGCUCCACCACAAGAGGCCGUCCUCCUUUUGGUCGCCUGAUGACGACAGCCCGGGAUGUUUUCACCAGCCUUACCAAGACACCUGAGCACACACACACACACACACACACACACACUCUCCCUCUCUCUCACCCACCCCACACGCACAAAAGCAGUAACACUUUAGGUGCUGCCAGGCCGUGACACAGGACAAAGAGCCUGUUUUCCUGUGUGUUUCCAGGACAAAUUGUGUGACAGCUUUCAGAGAACCUGAUGCAUCAUCAGGUUUGUCUCCAUGAGCGACAAGAUGCACACAUCUGAGCUGAGCAGCGGGGAUGUAACACUGAAGAACUGCUGCACUAGGAUUUACUGAUAAAACUCCUUGUGUUUUGCAUCUUCUCACGUGUCAAAGUCGUCCUCUGCCAUCUUCAUCUCCUCAUCACACCACUACCUUCAACGUGUUUCCUCCUCCAGGAUUUAAACAUGUCAAAUCACAGCAGGUUAAGUGGAUUGAACUGAUCCUUUUCGGUGGUUUUAUUCUCCCCAAACGUCUUCUUCCUCUUGCCAAUAAAGUCACGCAAACUGUUCAGAAAUCAAUGGAUCAGUUUUGGCAAUGAGAAUUGGUUCCAGCUUCACGUUUAAACUUCUGCUUUAAAAUGUUCUCUUUUGGAAAUUUGUCAAUUUUAAACCUCUCUUUGCUCUCUGGGUAUGUGCAGAGGUUUUUUUUUGUCUUUGUUUACAGACUGAAUUAUUACAUGGACAAUAAAAACUAAUUAACCAACACUGAAUAUAUUAUAAUAAUUGGUAAUAAUAAUAAUAAUAAUGAUUGGUUGGAGCCCUGCUCAUAUUUAAGUGAUACUUCACCUAAAAUGCUUGUACACUGUAGCCGUGAAAGGCAGGUGCAGAAUAUUUGCCCAGGAAUUGCAGCUGUUGUUAAUCGAUUCAUGUCAGUUAUUGGAAUCAUUUCUAUUUGCACACACACACACACACACACACACACACCAAUCAGUGAUAGUGAGUUUAUCUUGUGCAUUUAAGCCGUCCUUUAUAACAGAAGCGAACACACAAAUGGGCACAGGAGCAGUGGAGUUAAUGUAGCUGACUUUUACAGCUCAAUGAGGAUGAAAUCAAAUGUUAAAAAAAAACACUCCCAACACCACAGUCAUGUUCUCAUUUCAGUAAUUGUGGACAAAAUCCACAGCCCUCUUUCCAAAAAAGGGAAUUUCUUUUAAGGAAACACUAUAACUGUUGUAUAACUCAAGCUGAAUAAAAACAAAUGCUGGAGUUUCUCAUCCACCUGUGUUUAUAUGCAUCUCCAGGCUGCACACGAGUGGAAUCAUUAGAAACGAAAACAAGCUCCACAGGACAAGUUAAAUAAAGGAUAUAUAAGAGAAUGUUAUUGUUUUAUGACUGUACUCCGAGUUAAACUUACUAUUUGAGCAAACAUGCUUGUGUUUCAGUUAACUUAAUGGCUUUAAGUUCCGGACGGUGGUUGUGAUUUUAUGUGUUACCUAAAGACGAAAGGUAACCAAAUGUUUCGAAGAAGCAAUUUCAUCUCCAAACUCACCAAAUGCAGUUUUUCUACACACAAGAGCACAAUUUCCACAAUUCUACAGUUUGUUGUGCUGUAGGGUUCAAAUGACCCUCAUCAACUUUCAUUUAAGCAAAGUAUUAGUCUUUAAAAAUAUGAAAAACUGCUUCACUUGUAGAAGAUAUUGAUGAACCAGACUAAAAGUCAUACAUCUUCAUAUCAAGGAAACACAAGCAGCAAAACAAUUACAACUUAAAGCUGCAGUACAUAACUUUCUUGGUCUUUUUUUGCUGUUUUUUUGUUUAUUUUGAUUUUUGUGAACAGAAACGAUUGAAUUGUACCUAUGAAGCAUUUAACUGCUGACUCAGCUGAUUUAUGAGCAGUGCAAUUCACUUGUGACACCUCACCUUUUAUGUGGGCGUUUCUUCCUAUUUCCUCAUCGUGCUCCAACCUGUAUGUGUUUGUACACCUGCAGUGUCAUAAAACACAUCACUUCCUGUGCGCAGCAUGGAUGUGUCGCUGGGUAGGGCUGGUCUCAGUGGUCAAAAGGUUUGUCACGAUAAACUUUCAGAUUUUCAGAUAGUUAAUGAAGAGCGAAAGUUGAAGAAAGCAAUUAAGUGUGGUUUUAUUUAUUUCAAAAAUUCUAAGAUAUUGAACCACAGUUACAUUGCUAUUGAAGAAAACAAUAUAUACAGUAUAUAUUAUUAUAUUGAAUUAUUGCCCAGCCCUAUAUAUACAGGAGACACGAGAUUGACAGUGGUUUUAAGUCCAGCAGAUGUUUGUUUAUGUUUAAAAAAAAAAAAGAAAAAGUUAUGCACUACAGCUUUAAAAUCUGACUAAAUCCAAGCUGGCCACGGCUGCUGCUGCUGUUUGUGUUUGAGUUUUUCAUCUGAUUCAGGUUUUAUUUGGGUUUUAAACAGAACAAUUAAAUUUAACUAGAUUUGAUAUGAUAAUAAUGAGCUUAAAUGUGAUCUCUCUGCUUUUUCCUCUGACUGAGUUAUUUAACCUGUAGUUGUGCAACGAACGAUGUUUGUUAACUCACCACCGAGUUCACUCUGUUUAUCAGUGUUUCUUCAUGUAAAUGUGAGUCUGACGAGGACGUACUCAGUCUGAGCACAUCUUCUUCCCUCCGUCAGUCUAACUGUAAAAUACCACAGGCAAUAAUAUACUGUCAUUUAUCGGAAUUGUUGCCUUGUCCUCUCCCCUCCUCUCCUCCCCCGUGAUUCUGCUUCCUGUGGUGCUUUAUUCAUGCAGAAUCUUAUCAAAUGUGAUAGCAGCUUUAGCUUUUAGUAUUUCUAUGCAACCUAGACGGCCUUUUUUGACCCUCUGCUUCCACACGUGUGUACAUGUCUGCAAACUCUGUCGUCCGAGUUCAUCACAACGUCUGUGUUUCCAUCCACAAGUUUUCUAACGGACAUUUGAAACCUGAAUGACACACAUACUGAAAUGAAACUGAGUUUUUGUCUAUUUAAUAUUUAUUCCAUCUCAGCAUGUAAUUGAAAUGCACUUCUAGAUUGUUUUUAUCCAAAACCUUGAACUGACAUUCAAAGUUUACAUAUGUCAUUUAUGUAUUUUGCAGUGUAUACUUGCACUUAUACAAAAAAACAGUGCAUUGUGGUUUUAAGUUUCCAAAAUAGCGUCCACAAACUUUCUUUGUUUACUCUUUGGCAUCGUAACACAUUCACAGCUUUAAAAUUGAACGUGCUGCAAACAAAGUUCUAACUUUGGAUGGAAACGUAGCUGCUGCUGCGAGAUUUCACUCCCGAUAAACUGAUCCGGUGUCAGUUCCAGUUUUACUCGUUUCCCUCUCUGAGUCCACUCCCGGGCUCAUUCUCAUAUUUCCAUGUUUCCGAGCAAUAAAUAAAAACCUUCGCCUUUUGAGGGGAUUUAUUUGUAAACGAUCUGUCAUAAUCAGCACCCGACUGACAAACACCCCCCAGUUCUUGGCUUUAUGUGGAAACAUGUAUUACAGAGAUCAGAGUGACAGUUAUUCACGCGUAUGAAGCAUGUGCGGUACUGUAGACUGAAACUAAAUAACCCAGUAGUUUUCAAAUAUGGCAGGAAAAGUGCACUGAUGUGAAGGAAUGAAAUGGGAUUUAUUUUUGACUUUGUCUUUUGAUGAUAUCGUUGACUGAUUCUGCCUGCUGCAUAAAAACAAACUAGUGAAUAGGUAUUUAAGCCUUUGGGAAAGUAUUUUUGAUAUUUAUGGUAUUUUGUGUUUUUAUUUGUUGUUUGUCAAUAUUUUUUUCUUUCAAUGGUUUUAUUUGUGCACACAGACGAGAGUUCUCUAACAUUCUCAAUGUCACUCAUUAGUUUUGUGUGUUAUUGUGUAAACAACUCAACACCGAUCGGGGGGAAAACGCAGCCUUAACCUUAUAGAUCACGAUUUAGUUACAUUUGUAAGAGUAUUAAUUAAUUAAAACUGCCCUCAAACAAACGGUUACCAUGUAAAAUAUGUUGAAAAUUAGACUCUGUGUAUGUUUAUAAACAGUUUUCCUCUUCAAAUUAAGUGAUUACGGUGAUUAAAAUUACAUAUUAGAGAGAAAACUAUAAUUUAGACAAAAAAAAUAUUAUUUAUAAAUAUUAGUUAUAUUUAUAAUAAGUUAUAUUUUUGUAUUUUAAUUAUUUCAACAAACUGAAGGCAGUUGAAAUUGGUAAAGAUUGCAAAGUCUUCAUCGUUAAAGAAGCCUUUCACUUCUGAAUUCUUCAUUUGUGUGCACAAAUGACAAAUGAAAUAACUCCCAAAAUCAGUUGUUGGGUUUGCCUUCAUGUUACUUCACAUGUUCCCGUAAGAUUUUUGCAUUUAUUUGCCUAUUUUCUGUUGCGUGUCUGUGUUGUUUCCAUGUUAAGUCUAAAUGUGGUUUCACGUCUUGUCAAUUUUGUCAAUUUAUUUGAUGAAAUUGGAGAAUUCCUUCUGGUUUUUUUUCAAAGAUAUUUUUUUUAAAAUGAUAAGUUAUGUUUUGAAAUCUUAAGGCUGUUUUUUCUUUUAUUUAUCAUCCGUGCAAGACUUUUCAGGUUGAUUUCAUUGUGUUGUGUUUACAGGUGGAAUGGAACUGUUCUUUAUGUCGCAGGCACAUUUCCAUCAUUGCAGUAUUCUUUCUUUUCUUUUUCUUUUUCUUUUUUUUUACAUCAUGCUUGGAGAAGAAUGUAUUGUACAGUAUUUAAUCAGAAUAACUGGACUGAAAAACUCUUCUCAAAUUUGCACUUUCUGAAUUAAGUUUUUUUUAUUCUAUUAUCGUGUCAAAGUUAUGCAAGUACGUACAGGAAGGUGUUUGUUUUAUUUAAUCAGCCCUUCAUCAUGUCUGGUUGUGUUCACAUUUGUCAGCUUUCCACUGAUGCCAAUAAAGACAAACUUCUUAAAAA